UUUGUUUUACAUAUUGAUUAAAUACACAUUGUAGUUAAAAUAACCAUCUAAAGACUAAUUCUAAAUUUACCUCUGACAGAAACAAGAGGUGGUCUAGAGUACUAUACUCAAAAAGAUACAUAUAUUCAUAAUGUUCCAGUUUAUAUCAUUACUUUUAAUUAUAAGUUUAUACAAUGUUAGUGCAACGGUUACACAGCAUGGAUGCAGGGAAAAUAACAUUGAUAUUAAUCGUUUCAUUUCUCCUGGUGAAACAUGCGCGGAAAUAACCUGUGCUGUUGGUGGUAUUACUAUAAAGGGUUGUCCACAAUAUGGCGUUUUACCACCAAACUGUGUUAUUGGAUCGUCCAAAGAAGACAGACAGUUCAGAAACUUUCCCGAUUGUUGUCCACUAGUUUAUUGUGGAGGGAUAAUUGUUACACCUAAAUUUACUGUAAGAACAUUGUCCUUGUGAUAAUUCUGCGAACAAUAUGAAAAGUUGAAAAAUAAAAUAAUAUUCAGUACAAA